CAGAUUUGAUAUAUACUAUGUGUGUUCUUUAUACUUUGACAGUUUUCCUAAAAUUAGAUUUAAAUCGCCUCGCUUACAGUGUCGCGAUAUAUUGAAUCAUAAACCCUGUAUCAUGAUACGUAUCGUAUCUCCAGAUUCCUGCCAACACACAGCCCUGCUAUCUUCCCUUCCACUUCGUCCUCGGUGUCUUGAGUGGCGUGUUAACAUCUGCAAAUCGGCUGGAGGCCACAAAGCACAGCCUCCCUUUCUGCUCAAGUCAACCAGUAUUGUGGCAAACACUGUAGAGAAUGGGAACAAUGAGAGGCCAAAGCCAAGCAGCUGAUUCUCCCUCUCUCUCUCUCUCUCUCUCUCUCUCUCUCUCUCUCUCUCCCCCUUUCUGUCUCUCUUUCUCUGAACCCCCCCCCACCCCUCGGUGCCCCCACCUUCCUUCAAUGAAAGGGGCCAUUGUCUCUGGCCUGGAUUGAACAACUACACAGUACUUUUCCUUUGAGGUCUUAAAAACUUUGCCUGCUUAGAUGAAAAGCGAUUCGCUUCGUGUGUGUGUAUUUACAGUACUCGUGCACACUCACGGAUCCUCACGCACAGAAAUAUGAACAUGCACAGACCAAACCACAUAACACAUGGCCACCCGUAUGUACACAGACCCUCAAAUAAAGCCAUGCUGACACAUGAACAUGCAUAAUGUGUGUGUGUCUGACAGCUCAGGGGGGCUCAGAAAUCUCAGAUUCCAGGUUCUCUUGGUCUGCCGGCCACCCAGCAAAGCCCCACCUCUCUCUCUCUCCACCUCAGCUGCCCUCCUUCUCUUUUUACCAAGCGCCUGACACACUCAGACCAGCUCCGAUCACUGACCAUCACUCUCACUGUGUGGAGGCCUUUUCACAACAGUCUCUUGUGUCGCUAGUGAGCGAUUAGCACUGAGGAACCUGUCUCUGGACGGGACAUGUAGACAUGGAGCAGUAGGGUUUGAUGGGUUUCGAAGAGGUUCGAGGUCAUUAUUAGGUAGCAGAGGGUACUAAACAAGUUGGACCGGACCAGGAGAACCUGUAGCCCAUGGCUCAAUUUCAAGAAAGACCCAAAGCGGCCACACUGCCGUCCCGCUCGUGCACGAGCGUCCCGGGGUCCGGCCGGAUGCACAGACGGAUGGCUUUGUGCAGGAUGGAGGACUUCACCUUCGACAGCUUCGAGCUGCUUUACAGCGGAGCUGUCAAUAAGAUCAAAAGCCACAAAAGUAACCUCAACCUCAAGGAGGAGCUGAGGAAGCUGCGGGAAGAGACCAAUGUGGACUCCCUGCGGCAGGAGCUGGACCGAGAGCGGAGCAAGAGGAUAGACCUGGAGCAGAAGAUGAACGAGGUGCUCAAGACCAGGCUGGAGGACUCUCCGCCACAGCCUCCCCGGAAACAGCAGUCGCCCUCUAACAAUGGAACAGAUAAACAGCAGAAGGAGGUGUGGAGUUCGCGGCUGCAGAAGUGGCUGCACGAGCGCUUCGGGGUUUACAUCGAAGACUUCCGCUUCCAGCCGGAGGAGAGCACCGUGGAGGCCGAGGAACCGCUAAGUGCUAAAAGGUUAACAGAAAAUAUGAGGCGACUCAAGCGAGGAGCCAGACCCGUCACCAACUUCUUAAGGAACCUCUCCGCCUUAUCUAAUUGGCACUCCGUCUACACCUCAGCUAUUGCCUUCAUUAUCUACAUGAAUGCUGCUUGGCAUGGCUGGGCCAUUCCAAUGUUACUCUUCCUGGCUAUCCUGCGCUUGUCCUUAAAUUACCUCAUCGCCAGAGGUUGGAGGAUCCAGUGGAGCAUUGUGCCUGAGGUCUUUGAACCCAUGGAGCCUCCAAAGGAAGACUUGACUGUAUCUGAGAAGUUCCAGCUCGUACUUGACGUUGCACAGAAAGCACAGAACCUGUUUGGUAAAAUGGCAGAUGUUUUGGAGAAGAUAAAGAACCUCUUCAUGUGGGUGCAGCCGGAGAGCACCCGGAAACUCUACAUCUGCCUGUGGUUGACUUUCAUCACUUCCUGCGUCUUGCCAUAUAAACUAAUGGGAUUCAUGAUGGGCCUGUACGCCGGUAUCAAGUUCUUCAUCAUAGAUUUCCUGUUCAAGAGCUGUCCGAAGCUGCGGGACAAGUACGACACGCCCUACAUCGUGUGGAACAGCCUUCCCACGGACCCUCAGCUCAAAGAGAGGACCAACGCCACUGUGUCGCGGCGGCUCUCUGGCACUGAGAAGGUUCAGCCGGUGGUUUCUCGGAGCAGCCUCGCCACCAUCCCGUGCGGGGUGAGCAGGGAGGAGGAGACGGGUCGCUCCCACAGCACCAAGAAGGGAGCCUUCCAUGAGAUCUUCAGCCUGUCGGAGUCAGAGCGCCCUCUGGCGGUGUGUGAGAACGGCUGGAGGUGUUGCCUAAUAAACAGAGACAGGAAGAUGCCCACGGACUACAUCAGGAACGGAGUACUCUACGUCACAGAGAAUUACCUGUGCUUCGAGAGUUCCAGCUCCAGAUCCAGCUCUUCCAAGAAGAAUAAAGUAAUCAAGCUGGUGGACAUCACUGACAUACAGAAGUACAAAGUGCUGUCUGUCCUACCAGGAAGUGGGAUGGGCAUCUCUAUAGCUACUCCUUCCACUCAGAAGCCAUUAGUGUUUGGUGCCAUGAUCCACAGAGACGAGGCUUUCGAGGCCAUCUUUACUCAGUACAUGAAGAUCAUGACCACCACCAAACCGCCGGCCAGCGCAGAGCUCUAGACAGCCUGCAUCUCAGCAACAGACCUCCACACUGGGGCUAACGUCUCCUGAGUUUCAACUGGACUGGAAGAUACUUUAAGAACACACUCCUCUGCUCUGCGUGAGCCUCCUCCUCCUCCUCCUCUUCCUCCUCUUGCGAUGGGCAUCAGCCUCCUCAUCGACGGCCAGCUUCGAUCGGUGGAUUUUCCUCUUUAGGCCACAUCGGAGAGGACACGUGGUUCGUGUCGGCCUCACGUAGUUAGGAUUUAGUUACAUCACACACUAUUUUUGUGGGUGUCGGAUAACGAACAAAAUCCGGUAGCUGGUCCUGAGGAGGAGCGAGGAACGGUGUGGUUUUUAAUCAAUCAGCAGAAGGCUGGCGAGGGAGGCUGGUUCUCCUCUCCCACCUGACUGACCAACUGGUUUCCUGACUUACUUGUUUCCGUGUUUUGCAUGUGUGAGCGGGUGUGUGUGUGUGGGCAGAAAUGAUGGUCUUAAAAUUGCGUCCGGUGGCUCUAUUUUUCUCUUUGUUAGUGAGUCAGUGGAGUGACUCAAGAAGUGAUGAAACAACUAGAAGAGGUUCUUUUAACUGCCAGAUCUGUAGGAACAAAGUGUAAAGUUUAGCCUCUUAAAUCAGUGUGAAAACAACCGUCGAUGUUGAAAUAUUUAGACGUUUAACUGGCUGAUCGGUGCCUCGCGGCGUAGCCCGACAAAACCAUAUGUGUGAGUGGUCAGUUUUAUUUUUGAAACGUGUAUUAGCUGUGACAAUGUCAGACUUCUGACACAGAGCCUUCCUGUUAGUUUACAUCGCUGCUGUCUAAUUUCUCGAUUUUUUUCCUCUUCUUUCUAGACAUGUUUUCGGCGGCGACGGUAUGUUUUAGUCCAACAGAAAAUGUUCGCCGUGUCCGGCAUCCUGCUUCGGUGUUUGUAGGUGUGCGUAUGUGAAACGUGGAGUGAAAUGUUUCUUUUUUCUUUUUUUUUAAAUGCCUUUCUUUUGAAAACUGUCUCUUUGUAACAAAUAGCCUUUUAGGGGAUGAGUAAGCGGGCGGUCCCGGCGCUGCUGACAACCGCCGUUAGAGGGUUCAAACACUGACUGCCAUUUAGAGCUAUAGCGGAGAACACAGCCUCCCGCGUCUAACCGUCUCCUUUCAAGGCACAAUCUGUAUAUUUAGAGAGAGAUCUUCUUUUCCCUUCCAUCAACGGUAUUCUCCCUGCACUUUAUUACAACGUUAACUGGACUUCCUGACAUUAAGUGGUGGCGAAUAGACGUUAAAUACUCCCCACUUCAGCUGGAAUCCAUGGUCAGUGUUGGCAAACAGUCCCCACCUCUAUAUCCUGGGGUGUUUCUCAGUGCAGGACAAAUGCUGUCUGAGCAUUUGGUGUCAAUACUAGGGCUGUCAAAGUUAACACGGUAAUAACGCCAAAUUAGUUUAACGCCACUAAUUUAUUUAACGCAAUUUGCGUUGUAGCGGGAAAUCUGAUGAAUCCAUCGGUACCAACCAUGUCAUACUAACUUGUCACGAAGGAGGUUAAAUAACGCUCCAAACUUACGCUACGUUAUGGCGAGGAAAAACUGUCAUGUCCAUUUUCAAAGGGG